AUGCACGUUCUUGAAUGUUCCGAAGACUUUGGAGGUCCCGCAGACGACUUCAAAUUCCAAAAGACAAUCAUAGUGUACGAAUUGUCAGGCUCAAUCUACAGAGCAUACUCCCGAAAACGCUAUGCAUCAAACGAGGAGAUUCAUUUUGGUGACAUGUUUAGCACCAACAAGAUUCAAGGGGCUCUCGUUUUCCCAGAGUUCUCGGACGAAUUUACCAAGGCAGAGAGGCCAUCGGAUUCCUCGGCCUGGUAUCUGAAAAAGCCAAGCCUUUCACCCUAUAGUCCCCAGUACCCCGCCCUGAUCAGAGAAACUUGGAUUGAAGAAGUGAAAAUUUGCGAACUUUUGAAGAAAAACCCGCACCCGAAUAUCGCUCAAUAUCAUGGCUGUGCCGUCGUAAACGAUGACUCAAUCAGAGGAAUCUACUUCACGAAGUACGAUGAAACACUUAUGACCAGAGUGAACUCAGCCAGACGCAAUAAGAUCGACUUUGCAUACGAGAGGCACAAGGCUGACCGAGACGAGGUUGAUCGUUGGGUGGAGGGGAUUGCACGGGGCCUGAAACACCUCCAUGGGCUGGGUAUAGUCCACAAUGACAUCAACCCGUGCAACAUCAUGUUUCAAGGUGACACCCCAGUCAUCAUCGAUUUUGACUCCGCCCGGCCUCAUGGUCAUCAUUUGAGCCUGGUUAAACGGACACAUGGGUGGCAUGAUGAGAGGACUAAGGUUGCUUUGCCAAUGAAUGAUGUUGCGGCACUACUGGAAAUACAUUUGUGGCUUUUGGGGGAGGUUGACCUGUUUCAAUUUUGA